AUGGCAGUUCUCUGGUUGAAACUCAAGCAAGUUUUCACUGUCCCUGCUGAAGAAUGGAGGAUACCCCAUGAUCAUAACUGUUCAAUGUCUGUUCCCAUGGUGUACCCUACCUAUGGUGUUGAUGAAGAUUCACUUACCCUACAUACAAUAAUUGAAUUUGACCCUCUAGAUGAAAAUAACAUUGACAAUGACUUUGAUGACAAGGAGGUCAAUGAGGAUGACUUUGAUGAGUAUAUGGACCCAAACACGAACUUACCAAAAGCAAACCAGCACAAGCCUAGCAACACUUUAUUUCGUCAAUGUGGCCACAACCGGAUCCCAUCAUCAGAAGCAAAGAACAUCUGUUGGCUUAAGGUAGGUUCACCUGCUAACUUAGCUUUGGAAGAGCCUUUUCUUAGCACAAAGCCUCUCAAAGACCUAGCUAAGCUAACAGACUUUUGCCAUACUGGUAAAAUAGAGGCGUACCACUCCAUGAUGUUGAAAUACUGUUCAAAAGAGGAACAAUUUGCGUACAAAGGUAUGGUUGCAAGGACACAACUUGCGGCGUUAGACAACAAUGCCAUGCUGAAAGAGCGCAAGCUUGGUGGAGUGAUAGAUCUGCUUGGUGGUGGAGGCGGAUUAGUGGAAUAUAAGGCUUCACUGUUGGCAUCUCAUGGAUUCGCUACUCUUGCGUUAGCCUACAUCGGUUAUGAAGAUCAGCCACUGUCUCCAUCUUCCAUAAACUUGGAUUACUUUCAAGAAGCUGCUAACUGGCUUGUAAGUCACCCUAAAGUCCUUCCACAUGGCAUAGGCAUGCAUACCAUUUGCUAUGGGUCAUGGAUUGCGCUGUUGAUGGCAAGAUAUCAGAUUGCAGCAAUAAAGGCCAUUGUUGCUAUUUCACCUCUGGUAAUCGCCUACCUUCACCCUUUCCAAUUCAAAGGGAGAGUCUCUAACGUGAUCCCCCCUAACAAUAGUAGAGUGCUGUCUUCAGAGAAAGGUAGCAUCUGGCGUUUCGCUCUGUCAACUGACCUCGGCUACAUGAAUCCAACAGUCUCCAAAUACUCAGCUAUAACACCAGUUGAGAACAUCAAUUGCCCAGUGAUGUUGAUUUCUGGAACUGACGACUUGAACAUCCCCGCUGAAUUUGCGGUGAAUUUAAUUGUUGAUCGCUUGAAGGAGAAUGGAAAAGAACAUUUAUGCAUUAAUCUGCGUUAUCCUCAAGCUGGACAUCUCAUCGAGCCACCUUACUCUCCUCUUUGUGAUUCCUCUUUCUACAAACCUUUUAAGGAGUUGGGUGGUGACUCUUAUGCAGCGUGGGGAGGGGAGACUGGUGCACAUGCCUGGGCACAAGAAGACUCUUGGCCAAAGAUUUUACACUUUCUGCGAAAACAUCUCCGACAGAAUACAGAGAGUGAGUAUCGAGAAGGAACAUGUACUGAUUAA